UUGUGAAUGACGUAAUUAGCGUAAAACAAAAUGGCGUCGCCAUGGCAAUUAAUCAGUGAAGAUGAGUUUAUCGGCGUAAAUGUCUGCCUCUCUUGAGGCUUUGGUGUCGUUUUAAGGUUAUUCCGGUAAAAGUCGGGAUUUUAAUUCGGAUACGUUCGUUGUUAGCUUCGGGGAAAGGCGGAAGUGGAGGCUAGUGGUGUGUUUUAGUCCUCGCGACCCUCCUGUGACAGUUGGAGACGCGAGUCGCUGACAAACAGGAUGGACACCGGAGAGUACAUCAGCCCGAUGGAGACCAUGGACCCGACUUUAGCAGAGCUAGGGGACGAAUUCACUUUGGGAGACAUCGAUGAGAUGCUGCAGUUCGUCAGCAACCAGGUGGGGGACUUCCCAGACAUGUUUGAAGAACAGAUGACCACGGCAAGCUCUGUGCAAGCUGUUGGCUCCGCCCCCCAGAUGGCCAUUCAGACACCCACCGCCACUGCCUACCUCGCUUCCCCCCAGACCCUGCCCCUCACCCCUCCCCUCACGCCUGCUCAGACGCCCUCCCUCGCCACCGCCGCCACCCCUACGGUGCAGCAGGUGACCCGCAGCCCUCCGCUGCUCCAGCCGCGGCCUCAGCCCAUCCAACCCCAUCAGACGUCCCAGCCCACCAUCCAGGUGCACGCGCAGGGAGUUUCCUUGCAGACCCAGAACUUCCCGGUCCAGACUUUGGUUCAGACCCACAGCCAGACGCCCCUCCCCAUCCAGACGCAGGCAGCCCAAACCGUGAUGAUCGCCUCCAACGGUGGACAGUCACGCUUCAUCCAGAGCCCGGUCAUCUGCCAUCAUAGUGCUGCUCCUAGUUUCCAAGUCAUUCAGCCACAAGUGCAGAGCAUCAUGACAUCGCCACAGCUGCAGCCAGUCACCAUUCAGCAUCAGCGCCUGCUGACCGCGACGGGUCAGACCAUCCAGACCCUCUCCACAGCGCCCACCACAGUCCACGCUGUGCAGCAGCAGGUGCCUGUUUUGGUCCAGCAGCCUCAGAUCCUCAAGACGGACUCGCUGGUCCUCACGACGCUGAAACCCGACGGGACGCAGGUGUUGUCCACCGUGCAGAGCCCCGCGGGCAUCGCCACCCUGACCACGCCCAUCCAGAACGCCGCGCUACAAGUCCCGACUCUGAUGGGCAGCAACAUUCUGACCACCGUUCCCGUGGUGAUGGGAGGAGACAAGCUGCCCAUCAAACAGCUGCCUCCAGGCUCCUCCCCCUGCACCGCCGGGCCCAGGGCGAGCGUGGAGCCGAGCCAGGUGAUGGCAGGAGGCAUGGGGCCGGGAGUGGUGGUGAAGGAGGGUGAAAGGAGAACAACCCACAACAUCAUCGAGAAGAGAUACAGGUCGUCCAUCAACGACAAGAUCAUGGAGCUCAGAGACCUGGUCAUGGGCAACGAUGCGAAGAUGCACAAGUCCGGAGUGCUGAGGAAGGCCAUCGACUACAUAAAAUACCUGCAGCAGGUCAACCACAAGCUGCGGCAGGAGAACCUGACCCUGAAGAUGGCCAACCAGAAGAACGGGGCCGCGUCCUUACCCGAGGACGUGGAGCUCAAACCAGAAGUGGUGAUGAUGUCACCUCCCGCCUCCGACUCCGGCUCCGGUUCUCCUCACCAGUUCUCUCCGUACUGCGUUGACUCUGAGCCGGGAAGUCCUCUACUGGAUCACGACCCGGUGAAGAGCGAGCCGGAUUCCCCCUCCACGGUGGGGGUGAUGGAUCGCUCUCGGCUCCUUCUUUGCGCUCUGACGUUCUUCUGUCUGUCCCUGAACCCGCUGCCCUCGCUGCUGGGCUCGGAGGCCGCGGGGAACCCGGGUCUGUCUGCAGGCCACAUCCCAUCCAGGACUCUGGUCUGGUUCCCGACCCACUCCCAGGACUUCGCGUCGUGGCUGCGGUGCCUGUUGCCGUGGGUGAUUGUCUGGGUGCUGAGUGGAGUGGGAGCUCUGUGGGGGUGCGUCAGGGUUCUGUACCUGUGGGAGCCGGUGACGCCGCUUCAUUCGCCUAAAUCCGUGUCCUUCUGGAGGCACCGCAAGCAAGCAGACCUGCAUCUGAAGCGGGGAGAUUACGCGGCGGCGAUGGCCAGUCUAGAGACCUGCCUGUCCGUGCUGACGAGAGCGCUCCCCUCCACCGGUCUGGACCUGGUUUGUUCUCUCUCCUGGAAUUUUAUUCGCUACUGCUUGCAUCGCCCGACGCCUCUGGGCUGGCUGGUCCACCAGGUCGGAGGGAAGCACGAGGGGGAGGAGGCGAGGACCAGCGCCAGGGACGCAGCACUGGUUUACCACCAGCUCAGCCAGCUGCAGCUCACAGGGAAGCUGCCUCAGCGCAGCAGCUGGUGGGCGCUGUCUCUGUCUCUGAACGCCGUCAACCUCAGUGAGAGCGCUCAGGGCAAGAUGGCGCCAACUCAGCUGGCUCAGAUGUACGUGACUGCAGCGACGGCCCUGCGCUCCGUCCUGGGCCACCACCUGUCCUGUCUACCUGGUUACCUUCUGGGCUGCGCAGAGGGCGUGGCCAACCAGACCGAGACCAAGCAGAUCCCCGACUGCCUCCGCUGGCUCUUCACACCGCUGGGUAGGCAGUUCUUCCUGAGCUGUGAUUGGUCGGUGAAGUCCGACAGCGGCGACGAAGUGUACACCUCUCAGAGAGACGCAGCUGACCCCAUCGCCCAGCUGCACCGAUGUUUCUGCAGGAAGCUCCUGGAGAGAGCCGUUCACACGCUCAUCCAGCCGCAGAGCGACUCUGAUGGCGGCAAGAACAGCUGUGGGGAAUUUUCCAACGCCCUGGAGUUCCUCGAGCUGUUGAACAGCUGCACUGAGGACUCUCCUUCCCCUCCUCCCCCCUUCCCGACUCCUCCCAGUCACACCACCGUCUCAGUGCGAGACCCGGUGAGUCGCUGGUGGGCUCUGGUUCUGAAGGCUGCGGUUCUCUGGCUGCAGGGGGACGACGCCACAGUCAGGACGCUGUUGGCAGAAGCCGAGCGAAUGCCGAGAGCUUUGCACAUUCUCGACCACCGUCUACCCAAAGCCGUGCUUCUCCUCUCUAAGGUGGUCCAGAUGAGCCUGUCCCCUCUGAAAGGAGAGGCGGUGGUCUCCUGCUUGUCCCACUGUGACAGAGCCAGCAGCUACCUGCGCUCCAGCGUCUCUGUGCCUCUUUCUCAGUCGGGAAACCUGCUCAACAAGGGGGUGGAGCUUCUCGUGUGCGACCUGCUGCUGACGUUAAGGACCAGUUUGUGGCAGCGAGGAGGCAGCAGUAACGGGGAGCCCGGCCCGGCUCCUGGAUCCCAGUUGGCUGGCUUCCAGAGGGACCUGAGCGCGCUCAGGAAGCUCACACAGUGCUACAGACAGGCCCAACACAAGGUUUUCCUCCAUGAGACCACGGUGCGGCUGAUGGCCGGAGCCAGUCCAACGAGGACUCACCAGCUGUUGGAGCACAACCUGCGGCGCAGGACCCACAGCCCCUACUCGGCCGAGGGCGAGUGUGUUGUGGGUGAGAGGGAGAGGGCCCACGCCAUUCUUCUCGCCUGCCGCCACCUGCCCAUGCCCCUGCUCACCCCGCCGGGUCACCGAGCCCGCCUGCUGGCCGAGGCCAAACGGACCCUGGAGCGGGUGGGAGACCGCCGCUCCCUGCAGGACUGUCAGCAGAUCCUGCUGCGCCUCAGCGGCGGCACCACCAUCGCUGCUUCCUGAGCGACGACUUCUAGAAACCGGGCGACCCGCAACGUUACAACUGCCGUUCAGACUGACCACGAGACUUCAAGAUCCCAAACCCAGCAGAACCCAGUGUUCGAAGAAGAAGAAAGAAAAUAUCAUUUCUAUAGCGCCUCUCAAGAUGAAAAUCACGAGGCGCUUCACAAAAACAAAAAAAAUGUAAAAAUACAAAAAAGCAUUUAGAAAAUGUUAGCUCAUUCGCUACAGCUCCACCGUGUGGCCGUUGGUAGUACUACCGUCUGUCUAACGAGUACCUUAUCCAGCUCAUUCAUCCAAAAAUUAAAAUAAAACGUGUAUUAGGACCACAAAUGUAGUUUUUUAAAGACAAAGACGUAAAUGAUGCUAACAGGGUUAUAAAAGUCCAAAGGGACCAUUAUCUGCAGCAGUUCGGUCGUUCGCUGCAGGAGACAAAGCUGUCUGAUGCAGCGUGAGCUCUGCAUUAAUUAGGAACGCCUUCAGUUCAUUUACGGGCUCCACUGUGCUGAGUGUGUGCUGUAGGACGCACACAUCAGCUGGUUUAACUGCUACGCUGGCUGGUGGCUCUCAUCUACCUCAAACGCCGUACAAUGUUAAGAGUUGUACCGGGAAGCAACUAGGAAACCCCAAACACGCCUCAGCCCGGGGAAGUGAAUUCAGAUUAUCAGAGCUUUUUAUAUCAAAUCAGGAGAAUCUCUUAAACUUCAGAGGGAAGCAGCCUUAGUUUAUGAAGUUUUAAAACCCCGUCGUCGCUCACAGGUACAGGUGCAUGUUGUGAUUGUGUAAAUAAAAUGUGCAUAAGCAGGUAAACAGGAAGUGGUUGGCCGAGACGUGAUUCAGAGGUCUGAGUUCCACUCCACCAAACCGUUUGAAUCCUUGAGUUUUCCUCAUACGGAGGCCUUUACAGCUGCUGUGGUCGGUUACCGUGGCAACGUGCAAAAAUGGUUUUCUGCCUUUGAAAAUCUGAAGCAGCGCCACAGACAUUUGUGGCUCAGCGGCGAGCUCCUGGAGGAGACGUAAACCUUUUGUGUUCGGUAGAAAAUAUUUUUAUCAGGUUGGAAUAAUGGGGGGGGGGGGUUGCUUUUUAUUUGUCAUUAUUAGUCACGACGCAGCACUUUUGUCUUUUCUCUUAUUUAAUGUGAGCUGAAUGCUUUUGAGGGGCCAGUUUUGUUUUUAUUAGCAGCAGCAGCAAAAGACCGGAGACUUACGGUUCAGGACAUUAGUAGAAAAAACAUUUUGUUUUGUUUUUGGUCAAAAUGUGUAGGAAUGUAAAAUUUACUCGCACACAAACAAGAUAAGAGGAAACCGGGACUUGGCCUUUAACUCAAAUGUUUCUGCACUAACAUUACGUUUAUCAGUUUCCGUUUCCCUGAUUGGUAAAAGUCAGCCGUGCAUCAGCAGCCAUUGCAUAGUUGUAAAUGUUACCUUUCAUUUUUUUUUUGUUUGUUGUCUCCCCUCAGCUUGUUUAUUGUUGGAAUGAUGUGCUUCUUUUAAUGUUUUCUAAUUAAAAAAAAACAACGGUG